CGGCAGACAGAUUUGUGGUGGAAAGACGUUAGAUGAGAAGAAUAUUGAGCAAAUCCCCAAAGGACAAGAGGGGGAACAAAGUGAUCAGAAGCACAAUGGAGCAUUAACUAAUAGAUAAGGUCCAGAUACAGAAGGCGUUUAUGGUUUGGAUAUGGAACAUAAAUGGAAGGAAAGCGGCUACCAGGUGUGCAAGUCAUAUGAACGGUGGAAGAGUAGAGGACGACCAAGGAAGAAGCGGAUUGACAAUGUGAAAGAAGACCUGAAAUAUCAUGGAUUGGAUUUGAGAAUCGCUAUCCACGUGGUGUUCAAGAUGGCUGUGCCCCACCUUGCUUAUCUGAAAAUGCCCCUGGUGACUCCACAGCAAAGCCACCACAGGACAGAGAGAGGAGGAGGAGGAGGAGGGGUCUUGUGAUCGAAUAUGAAUCUGACAGCAUCGAUCCAAAAACCUCCAGGUGGGAACCACAAAGCUGGGAGAGGCAGCUGGAGAACAUCCGGGAAAUGAGGAAGAACAAGGACGCCCCUGUGGAUCAGAUGGGAGCUAACAAAUGCUUUGACCAGGAUGCCACUCCCAAGGUAAUGCGAUAUCAGGUUUUGAUGUCACUGUUGCUAUCCAGCCAAACCAAAGACCAGGUGACAUCUGCCGCUAUGGAGAAACUCCGAGGUCAUGGCCUGUCUCCAGAGAACAUGCUGCACACUGAUGACAAGACACUGGGAGAGCUCAUCUACCCCGUUGGGUUUUGGAAGAGCAAAGUGAAAUACAUAAAGCAAACGACGGAGCUGAUUGUACGCCAGUACGACGGCGAUAUUCCCGACAAUGUAGCUGAGUUGGUAAAGCUGCCGGGCAUCGGACCAAAGAUGGCUCACCUCAUUAUGGACAUCGCCUGGAAUAAGGUGUCUGGCAUUGGAGUUGACACACACGUGCACAGGAUCGCCAACCGGCUGAAAUGGGUGAAGAAGGAAACAAAGGCCCCGGAGGAGACAAGAGUGGCAUUAGAGAGCUGGCUUCCAAGGGAGCUGUGGAGUGAAAUCAACUGGCUGCUGGUGGGUUUUGGUCAGCAGAUCUGCUUGCCCGUCAGUCCCUGCUGCUCAGACUGUCUCAACCAGGACAUCUGCCCCUCGGCCAGAAGGGGCACAAGCAAAGCCAAAGCCCAGAACAAGGCCCAGUAGCUGAGGUUCCACAGACGUCACCCGAAGGCGUUGAAGAUCUGUUCCAGUUCCUCAGGUAUGGCAUCAUGUCACACUGUCACACAUGAGUGGACACAGUGGGGUUAACGGUGGCCUGACACUGUGACCAGUUAUUCUGACAUCCAGUCACCCGCACUCUCGGGUCAGCUUCAUCCUCAGUGCAGCCGCCACCCACCACUUUCUAAAACUAAAUCAGAGUGCCAUCUGAAUGGCUGCAGGAAAUAAAACAUUUCAGGAGAAAAAUGUCAGCUUCAAAAUAAGACGGGCAGCCGUUAGCAUCCUGAAGGUGGGGAGUAGCCACGGCCUGGGAGCUUUGGAGCAAGCAGACGUGUUCUCCGCUUGUCACUUGAAACUGAAAGAGAGCAACCAUCACUUUUGAACUUUUGUACUUUAAAUAAAUCAUGAUGACUGCACCUCA